GCUCUCUCUGUGCGGUCUCUUUCCUGUGUGUACCGCUUGCUCUGCAUCGGCCCUGCUUGCGUUAUCGGAUUGCUAACAAGGUGGUUGCGUGUGACCAGCAAUCUUCUGUUUGGAUUGCUCUCGUCACAUAUUCCCCUUGCAUUACGCACCAUUUCGGCGAUCGAGCGGGAGCGCAAGCAUUUUUCCUUUCUCAACUCGACUCUGAUCCAUCUUGGAUCGGACAGCAUGGCGCAUCAUCAAUCGGCCGCUGCCAUGGCCGCUUCCACCAGCGUGGAUGAUCUUCCUGAACCCACUUUUGCCCUGGUCCAUCCCAAAGCCCGCUCUGCGGUUCAACUCGACUCGAGCUCAGAGCAGAGCCAGCUCAAAGCGGCUCUGGCGCCAAACAAAGUGUUGCCGGCACCCGAGGCACGGCGCCAUGUUCUUCCCAGUACCCGGCGUUCCAGCUCAGGCUUGCUCCUCGUCGCCUCGCCCUCAUCGCCCGAGGCCACGCGCAGCACCGCUUGCGAGAGUGUGACCACCAGCCCUUUGCUGCACCGCCGUGAAGCCAAGAACCUGCAGUUGCACUUGCCGCACCAUUCCCAUGCUCAGCCAAACCUGCGCAAAGGCGGCUCAUUGGAUCAGGUGGUGCGCUCCGCCGCUGCCUCGCCCCGCCCCGACGUCAAGAUGAGCCUCAUGGCCCGCCGCCGGGCGGCCAGCCUCAGCAUCGACUUGCCUGAAAAUCAACCCGUCAAGAACGCUGAAGAUCUUCGGGAGGAGCAUUGGGAUCAAGGCUCGCUUGAUCACCUUUUUGAUCUGGCCGCCAAAACGGGUCACGAAGAGGCUGCCCUACGACUCGACCCCAAUGCCACUCCCUCUCCAACCAGCAGCCACUACAGUACCUCGGAUCUCUUCUCUCCUGACAUGUCCCCCAUUUUGCCUACCCCAUCCUCGGUCAUUGCCCACACCCAUGCCUUUCGGUACGGCUCAGAUACCACCAGCGAGCGUGGCUCCCUCUCCAGCGAGGGCAGCCGCCCCAGCCUUGAUCAAGCCCUUGGCAUCAAAUACCUUCCAUCACCCCUGGGCCAUGAGGCACAUGCGUUUGGCGAGGACUCGGUCACCGACUACUUUGCUGAGCUCGAACUCUCCUCCGACGCCCGUCGGGCGGUCCGUCUUGAGUAAUGAAUGAACGGCCGCUCACCGUCCACAAAGCUUCAGCGCGUGCGGGGUUUCGACCGUGUUUGGAAUGAGGGCUGCCUUUGUCUCUUACUUGGUGCUCCUUUGUUGAUUUGAUAGUUUUGACCAUGUUAUGUUACGCUCCCAUCGCCUGGCACGGCACGCGUGCCCGUCUUGAUUUUUCUUUCUUUCCUUUUUUUUUUUUUCCCCCACAACCAUAUCACAUUGACAUGUGAAUGCCCAUGUGCUUCAUGUAUCCUUUGAUUAAUUGACAAUCCCGACUCG